AUGAAUCCCAAGUUGGGUUUGCUUUAUUUGGUCGGCCCAACCCCGGGACCGGUGCAUUCUUACUGUAUGAUCCACGAUUCAUGGCUAGUCAAUCGACGACAUGCACUGGCCCAGAAUCCACCUCCUGUUCCCACUUGGUUCCCAUCAGAAGACGCACCCGCCUCGUCAGUUGAUUCAAGCUCAUCAGACUAUUUCGAUCAGGACAUCUAUCAUGAAAUGCUUCAUCGAAGUGACGAUGAGACUAUAUUCUACGAAGGCGAUUCGGGCAAUUGA